GAGGAAGCUAAAACUCGUGAAGUCUCGCAGUCUGAGGUCAGUGAGCAGCUCCAGGAGAUGAAAAGCAGUUUGGACGCCUCUAAAGAAGAGCUCAGAGGCUACAGGCAGCAAAAUGAGAAGCUCGUCGAGGAGCUUCGCAUCCGAGAGCUUUCUAUUUCCAGUCUAAAGAAGGAGCUGCAAGAGGCGCAGGCAGCUUUGAUGAAGACGUCAGAAUCUGUUACUCCAUCACCCUCACCUUCUCCCUCUCCAUCUCCUCAGCCUGCCUUCUCUGCCUCCUCAACAUCCACUGCACAGCCCAAAAGGAAAGGAGGUAAACAGCAAGCUGCAAAGGGAGGCGCUCCCAAAGAGAAGCAAUCCCUCUCCAGGAAAAACUCCAGCCAGAAACCUCAGAGCCUUCAGUCGAACAGCAGCUCAGAUCACCAGCAUGAGGUUACCACAGACUCCUUUACGCAGACUGAACCCUUCCAAAUGACUGAUCUCAGCCAGUCUGCCGCCAAGGAACAGAUGGAAGAAGUGAUCGGAGAAUUUGAAGAGAAGAUUGCCCAGAUGCAGGAGCUCCACGCGGCAGAGAUCCUUGAUAUGGAAGCUCGGCACAUUUCUGAGAGCGAGAACCUUCGCAGAGACACUCAAGCUCUGGAAGACGAGUGUAAGGGUCUGAAAGCUGUUAUCGACAAACUCUACUCCACUGAGGUCCCUCCAUCAAGACAGGACCGUCCUGCAUCACAUAAAGACGGCUACACCAGUGACAGCAGCUCAGACUACAGCCAGAGGACAGGAUUAGAUCUCCCCAGCUUGCAGCAGGAGUUCAGGACAACUCCAGAAGGUGCAAGGAGAGAAGCUGAUGAUCCUCUGCCUGACCGGAUAAAGAUGUUGCUCCGCGAGGUGCACCAGGAGGGAAUGCAGGUCCUGUCCCUAUCUGAGCUCCCCCUCUCUGAGGGAGAGCCAAGCAGCCAGUUCAACGUGGACGGCUGGGUGAAGGAGAGAGACGCCCUGCUGGCCACGGUUCAGUCUCUCAAAAUCCUCAUCAGCCAGAUGCAGACGCACAGCCAAUCACAGACGUCAGCUGUUGGUGCUGACUGGCGCGCAGAGCUGCUGGAUGCUGUCAGACAGGUGUUUGUGAGGGAGAGGAGCGUGCUGAAGAGCGCCCUCUACAGCCAGUUGGAUCUGUUAGACACCAGUGAUGCCAUCGUUCACCUCAAUCAACUGGAGCGCAGACUGGCUGAACAGGACGCCCACCACAGGGAGGCCAUGGGGUCGCUCCACACUGCAGAAAGGUCAAGUCUUAUCUCUGAGAUUCAGCAGCUUAGAGGUCAACUGGAGAUGCUUCAUCAAGGUAAACCAGCUUGUGCAAACCCCGGCCUGUCUUCUGCUGCUGAUCAAAACACAAAGGAGCAGAGGGGAGCAGCAGCUGAUGGAGCAGCAGAAGUAGACAGGCUGAUCUCAGAGGAGGUGAAAGCUGAACUUUCUCAGACAAAACUUGAGCUGGAGACGACACGGAAGGCCCAACACAAACACCUGCAAGAACUGGACACACUAAGGGCGGAGGUGUCCCAGAGAGCUGCAGAGGUAGACGCCUUGAAUGAUGAGUUGAUGGAGGAGAAGAGGAGAAGCAGAGAUCUUCAGUGGGCAGUGGAGAAGGAGAGGUGUCGAUCUGGAAGAGAUGAGGAGAGCAAACGAGAGGAACUAGAGGACCUGCAGCUGGCUCUAGACGAGCAGAAGGCUCAUGUAGACCAGCUGACUCAGACCCUGGAGCAGGAGCGCCAGGCUUCCUCUCAGCUCUCCCAGAAAGCGGAGGAGGAUCACCUCAGCCUCCAGAGACGCCUGCAGGAACUGGAGGUCCAGCUGGAGACCGAGAGAGCGAAAGCCCUGGAGAUGAGUUCUGCCUUGGGGAGAGAGAGGGAGCUGCGCACCAGCAUCUCCUCAGAUGGCGGUCGCUCCAGUGAAGUGGGCGCCCAUGAGGACAGGAGGGAGCCUGAGAGGGAGGGAAGUCUGCUUGAAAGACUGCAGAGGGAGCUGGAUGACAAACAUACACAGGUGGUUAAUCUCCUCAGUCAGGUGGAGGUCCAGCAGCUGGAAGUGGUGCGAAAAGAAGAGGAGCUUACUCUGGCAAAUCAGAGGUCCAAACGAGACCAGGAUAAACUCCAGGAGGCUAAAGGCCAGCUGGAGCAGCUGACGGUACGAAUGUCGGAGGUCCAACAGCAGCUGGACAGAGAGCUGGAGAAGAGCAAGAGUCUGGAGAAGGAGAAGAAGCGACUGGAGGAGAGGCAGAACCAGUUAGGAACAAGGAAGGAGAGCGAGCCUCAGAGUCAGAACGAGCCCAGCGAUAGAAUCAAAGACUGGGUUCUCCAGCAGAAGAGUGGAAGCGGCCAGUCAGCAAGCAGCACCUCAUCCCCUCAUAUGGAGGGUCGUGCUGUAGACCUCCCAGACGGUCCGCAUCAUGGGCCGUGGCGCACAGUUGACAGGAUUGUAGGGAAACUCCAUCUUGUUUCCUCAAAGAUCCGCAGCAUGGCCAGCAAAGCUACGGGCAGGUCGAUUGUGGAGUUCGACAGCGAGGAGCUUUCUUGGGUUCAGUCCAAUGUUGAUGAGGUCAUCAGCAUACUGCAGCAAUCCCCAGGUUUACCCUCCAUCCCAGAGAGUGUUUCCCUGCUGGCAGGAGGCUCGUCCAGCUCCUCCAACAACCUGACAGAGCGGCUGCUGAGGCAGAAUGCCGAGCUGACUGGGUUCGUGAGCCGUCUGACAGAGGAGAAGAACGAGCUGAGGAACCACACGCUGCGCUUGGAGGAGGAGCUGCGGCGCUAUCGGCAGGCUGGAGUGGGAUCUGCAGACAAUCCCAGCAGGAGAGGUGUGUCAAAGGCAGAGACGCUUCUCUCUCAGGAGAGGGAAGCUUGGACUCGAGAGAAGCUCCGUCUGGAGAAAGCUUUACAUCUUUCUCAGUCCCAGGUGGCCCGUCUCAGGGGAGAAAUCAGGUCGGACACUCUGCGAGAGAUAUCCGGGCCUGAGUCUGAUAACUCUGCACUAAAGAGAAUGUACGGGAAGUAUCUGAGGUCAGAAAGUUUUAGGAAGGCAUUGAUCUACCAGAAGAAGUAUCUACUGUUACUGCUCGGCGGGUUCCAGGAGUGUGAGGAAGCCACUCUGUCGCUGCUGUCCAGGAUGGGUGGCCAGCCGUCUCUUUCCAGCUUAGAGUCCUACAGCCAGCGCCGCCGGGGAUUAACUCGCUUCCGCUCAGCCGUACGAGUAUCCAUCGCACUCUCCAGAAUGCGUUUCCUUGUGAAGCGAUGGCACAAAGCCACAGGGGUGACCUCCACGGUUUCCUGCAGCAUCAACAAAAACGGAACAGGGUCAGACGUGAGAGACUCGCCAUAUCUCCAGCCGGGUGGUCUGGACACGUACAGAGACCGAGGAGGAGGAGUCUCCAGCAGCAGAGGAAGAAGUGGGAGAGAAUCUCCACGAUCAGGCUUCUCUGCCUCUCAGCACAGGUUUCACAUGGCAGCAGACCACGGAGCUCUCACCUGUUCACACCUGCAGAGCUAUGACCCAGACCGAGCACUUACCGACUACAUCUCCAGGCUGGAGGCUCUGCAGAGGAGGCUGGGCAGUGUGACAUCAGGUGCUUCUUCAUACACUCAAAUGCACUUUGGCUUAAGAAGAUAGACGCUGACACACGACUUUGGCUUGAAGAAACUCAGUUGCCUUUUCUUGUGCAGAGCGCUAUGCUGUUUCUUUUUUUUUUUAAAUCAUCCCGCUGUGGACUGUCUCUCUCCACGUGGACCAAAACUCAUUUUUCUAUUGGCGUACGACGUGUUGUAUCCAGGCUUUGUGUCGCCAGCACUUGAAACACAGCGAUGUUUGUAAUUUAAUCUGCCUCUUUGUUGUGGAUGAUCUUCAAUCGUGUAUAUUUGUCUGAUGCUAAUUUAAAGACGUUUUGUGAUUAAUUUAUGUUUGUUGUUGCGUGGGUGGACAGUUGUGUUGAGAAUGUUUGACGGGUGAGGGGGAGUUUUUUUUUUUUUUGUUAAGGAGGCUGCUACUGGAUGUUCUUCACUACACUGUGUUUUGUUUAGACCGGGCAGACUAAAAGGAGACAUUUGUAGAGAACGUAUUUUUGUAAAGCGUAGGAGUUUUGAAUUUUUGGGGUAUUUUGUCUAAAACUGAAAUAAAGAGG